GGCGCUACCUGUUAGCCCCCGGCAGGUGAAAUUCGUGAGCUUGACCAAAGCCAGGUUAAGUUAGCACCGCUUUGUCUUGAACGUGCAGCGGACGCCAUGUACGGCAUGCUUCUGGAGAGCGUACAGCACUACGUGCGGCUCCAGUUCGGCGAACCGCUGUGGGAGGCGGCGCUUGCGGAGCUGGGCCAGCACAACUUUUCCACACAUGUGGUGUACCCAGACGACUCCAUGACGAGGUUGGCCGACGCCUGCGCAAAGCGGGUUCCCGGAUGGAGCCGCGACACAUUCCUCUUCUUCUUCGGGCGAUGCUUUGUGCGCUUCUUCAGCCACUACGGCUACGACAAGUUGAUCCGGGCAUCUGGCCGUCACCUGCGAGACUUUCUUGCUGGCAUAGACAAUCUGCACCACCAGAUCCGCUUCAGCUACCCGCGCAUGCGCAGCCCCUCGCUGCAGCUGCUGCAGGAGCACCGCGGCGGCGCGCUCCUCCUGUACCGCUCGUGCCGUCGCGGCCUCCACUUCUACCUGGUCGGUCAGCUGGUGCAGGUGGCCAGCACCUUCUAUGGCAUGCGCCUUCAGGUGCGCGUGCUGAGCCAGCGCAGUACACCGGAUGGUGCCCAGGCGCUGCUGCGAUUGAGCUUCGACAACGCCGCCUUCACGCUGAACGAGCAGCGCCGGCAGCGCGCACAGGAGGGCAUUUCGCUGCCCGACGUAUCCUGGGGAUCGCUGCUGCGCCUUUUCCCGUUCGGCAUGCUUGUGGACCGGUGCAUGCGGCUCCUCUGGCUAGGACACCGACUGCGCAUGGUGUUCGGUCAGGGCGGGGAGACCGGAGCCUGCCCCGGCAGACCAGUGCACGACCUUAUGCGCCUGCACAGGCCCAUGGUUGCCUUCACGUGGGAAAACUUGCUGGCCAAUCAGCAAGUCGUGGUGGAGCUGGAGUGCAUUUUCCCCGAACAGUCCACCCUGCCUUCCUGUCGUUUGCUUCUCAAAGGAGAGAUGCGCUACCUGCACGAGUCGGACGUCAUACUAUUCCUUGGGGUGCCACUACUGAGUGGCCUGGACGAGCUGCAGAUGGCGGGCCUCUACCUCGAGGAUCUGUGCAUCCACGACAUGACGCGCGACAUUGUGCUGGCUGAGUGGCAACACGGCGCCAACCUCGAAGUCUCCUACAGAGAGCAAGAGCGCAAGAGUCAGACGCUCGAGGAGAACCUGGUGAGGCUGGAGGCAUGGCGCCAGAGGGGCGACGAGUUGCUCUACUCCAUGAUACCAAAGUCUGUGGCCGACCGGCUGCGCCGCGGAGCCCAUCCCGUCGACACAUGCGAGACGUUCGACAGCGUGACGGUACUGUUCAGUGAGCUGGUCAACUUUCCUAUGGCGUGCCGACAUCUGAGUCCCAUGCAAGUCGUCAGCUGGGUGAACGCAACAUUUUCUCUCUUCGACUUGAUCACGGAUCGCUACCACGUCUUCAAGGUGGAAACUGUUGGCCAAGUUUACAUGCUCGUGAGCGGUGCGCCUGAACGACGAGAAGACCAUGCUGAACAGGUCUGCGCAGCAGCGCUGGAAAUGCUCUUCUCGUUCCAGGGAAAGCGACAACCCUUUGACGAGCAAGGCACAUUCCUGAGACUCGGUGUGCACUCGGGGCCCGUUGCAGCCGGUGUGGUGGGCCUCAAGACGCUGCGCUACUGCCUCUUCGGAGACACCGUCAACACGGCGGCGCGGAUGCAAACACACGCAGAGAAUGGAAGGAUUCACAUCAGUGACAGCUGCCAGAAACUCAUUCGGAAGAAAGGCUUCGUUACUGAAACUCGUGGGAAGAUUGAAGUCAAGGGCAAGGGAAAGAUGCGCACUCACUGGCUCCUGGAAGGCGACGUGCUGUCGAGCGCCGCCGGCGGUGGCCGCCGCCGCAUCUCGCUGGGUGAAAUGGGACCGCUCACACGAGCCAGGGCCAAGCGAGCAUCCAAGUGAUGGUCCGUCGGAGACCAAUUAUGAUCGACUCAGUGCAGGCCAUCCGAAGCCUUCUGCAAGCAUUAUAGGACAGCAUAUCCCACAAACGGGGAUCCGGUCGCGUCAUUUUCAGGCCGGGCUCGCCAAGCAGAUUGAAUAAAGGACAGCAAAUGAGUGUGACGUCGAUGAAUGUGAAGUUCACGUAUCAGUUUAACAUCGAGCAGGAGGUAGCAGUUCUUGUGCCUAAACUCUGAUCUCGUUUCGUAAAUCCUGCUGUCAUGACCAAGCCUUGGUUGUUGCGAAAAUUCUUGCUUGCGAUUCUUGUUUUAGCAAUAAUUUCUAUCCUGGCUUUCUGCAUCCGAGUGUAAUAACUGUCGAACAUUUUGAGUGAGUGUGCUAAAUUACUGCUUUAUUAUUUUUUGUAGCAAUUUGUGUUUAUUCGCUCGGCAAGUCAGUGGAGGCGAAAGUAUGAUUAACGUUUUCAUGUGCUGCGGGGUUUCGUAGGAAUGGAAGCACCAUCACGUGACAUUCUCAGGGCUGGGGUUAUUCAUGUUCUGUCUCACAAGCAGUAUACCACUUGGAGAUGCUAAAGCUAAUUUCUCUCAAUCAGCACUCGCCAUCACAAAGCAGCUUGCGUGAAAGGUUGGUGAUUGGCUGGCGUUUCCUGUAUCACGUAGUUGUUUAAUAGGAUAUACGUGAAGAAAAAAAGAGCCGGUGAGUGACAAAACAUUUUUCGCUCUCCUCUGAAAAUGGGACUGCUCACUGACAUAAAGCCAGCUCUGAUUCUAUGAGCUGUCAUGAAAGAAUCAGCUGUAGCAAUGUCUGCACGAAGAAACACGCUAACAACGUCUUUAGGUGAUCCUGUGGGUGCGUCAUCCUUCUUGAUCCUUCUUUCGCAUUCAAAGUGAGCUUUGUUGGCCAAUCACAAGGUAUUAAGAUGGAAACGACUGCGUCUUCGACCUGAGGGUGAACGAAGAGCUAACUCAACGUCUUUUAGUGUAGCGUGGUUAUGCUGUGCAUUGCCAUUUGACUGUGUCUUAUUCAUUCGGUUGAUAAAU